AUGAGUUCCAACUCCACCUCUGGCCAUCCUCAUUUGUUGUCCAGAAGCGAAUAUGCCUCUUCACCUCCACGAAGGUAUUCCUCACUGUAUGGUGAGAGUCAUAGAAAGGAAAAGAACACCUCAAAAGUAUCGGAAAUGGUUGUUCAUAGCAGGGAGGAAUGGAAAUCGGUUAGAGAACCUUCUAGUUCCGAUGAAAAAUUGUCGUCCCCUCCAACUACUUCUCCGUCUUCAAAGAAAUCGACCCCUUGUCGGAACCCUUCCACCGCAAAUUUCGUUACCAAAAUCACACUCCGGAAGAGGAUUCCAGACAACCAAAAUCCUCCAAAACGGAAAGGGCAUACAUUGACAGAAUGGAAAAACAAAAUAUAUUUAUUUGGAGGAUAUCAAGGAUUCCAUUCAAAUGAUUUGUGGUGUCUUGAAUCCAAUAAGUGGAAGAAGAUCGAGGUUGCGGGAGUUCUUCCUCACAAACGAUCUAGUCAUUCAGCUGUAAUUUACAAAAAUCAUUUAGUAAUAUUCGGUGGAGAUAAAGGUGAUGAGCUUCUAAAUGACAUUUGGAUUUUGGAUUUAACAAAGGAAGUCGAAGAAAUGAGGUGGAAAAAAAUUGUAUCAAAAAACAUACCUCCAAAACCAAGAUACGCACAUAGUGCUGUGGUAAUGAAUGAGAAAAUGAUAGUAUUUGCAGGAUAUGGAGGAGAGUAUUUGAAUGACAUGUUUGAAUUUGAUUUUAAAACAUUAUUGUGGUCACAAAUUCAUAAUUUCCUUUCACCUCCUGCUAGGUGUCACUUUACUUCGGUGGUUCUCCCCGAGCAUAACCUAUUGGUCGUGUACGGAGGUUCUAAUGGAGAGUCAUUAAACGAUGUGUGGGUGUAUGAUGGAAAAUGGACUUGCAUUCAAGAGUCCAAAGACACCUCGUGGUUAAACAAUGCAUGCAUUCCAAGCCCAAGAUCUAAGCAUGCUGCUGUAAAAAUAAGCUCCAACACACUUUUGGUGUAUGGAGGAAUGACAGGAUUAUUUAAGGACAAUGUGAUUUGGACAUUAACAAUUUUUUUUGAAAGUGAAGGACAGAAAUAUUCACCAAUUUGGAAACGGGUGGAUCUUUUGGUACCUGAAAACUUUUCUCCAAGAGACUCUCAUGCUAUUUGCAUGUCGGGAAAAGAGCUCAUUAUUUUCGGAGGAUAUGGAGAAACAUCCUACCUGAAUGACAUUUGGGGAGGAGAAGUAGUCAUCUCUGACUCAACGAACUCUAGUUUUUCAUCACUACAAGAGCUCAAUCUUUCUCGAAUAUCUGAGCCAUCCAUAACAGUUGAUGAUGAAUUGGCAAAUGAAAUAAUUCAAAGAUUAAACGGAAUGACUGCAAGAGAGAGCAGCAUCUCACCCAUUAAAGCAACAAUGGAAUCUGCUUAUUCAGAAAAUUUGACUCCAACAAGGAAGGCAGAAGAGGAAGCAGAAAAAAGCAAACAGGAAUCUCUUGAACAAGCAUUUCAAAAGAUACAACUCCUAGAAGAAACUGUCAUUGAACUAAGUGAUAUGGUGCAGCAGCUCGCAGUUUCCUUAGCCAAUGAAUCAAAGAAGAGGUCCAACCUUCAGAAAGAAGUUUCAACUUUAAAGCAAGCUCUGCAUAACCUCACCUACUCGAUCAAUAUUUGA